UUUAGACCGCAAAAAAGGUGUCCACAUACGCUUGCUGGGGCGGUCGGUCGGGCCGCAAAAACCGCCUGUCUGCCCGUCCGCCCCCUCUCCGACGGACCACCUGCUGCUGCCCCUCCCCUCGCUUUCCAGUUUCCCCGUCCGUCCCGCUCCCCGCCCCGGUUUCCGGUGCCUUGCUUGCGCCCCUCCCCCAAGCAAACGCCUCCGAGGCUCCGAGGCCGCGGGGAGGAGGACACGAAUAACAAUCGUCGCCACGCAGAUAGAGCAACUUCGAACCGCGCCCCACCCACGAAAAAUCGGCAGCGAUGGCCCACGCCGCGCUCCUCCUCGCCGCGGCGCUGCUCGCCGCCGCGGCGGCUUCCGCCCCCAAUGCCGCGGCCACCGGCGUCUUCCAGGUGCGCCGCAAGUUCCCCGCCGGGGGAGGGGCUGGAGGCGGUGGUAACAUAAGCGCCCUCCGCGCCCACGACAGCAACCGCCACGGCCGCCUCCUCGCGGCCGUCGACCUCCCGCUCGGCGGCCUCGGCCUCCCCACCGACACCGGGCUGUACUACACGGAGAUCAGGAUCGGGACGCCGCCCAAGCGCUACUACGUGCAGGUGGACACCGGCAGCGACAUCCUCUGGGUCAAUUGCAUCUCCUGCGAUCGAUGCCCCCGCAAGAGUGGCCUUGGGAUAGACCUGACGCUGUACGACCCCAAUGGGUCGUCGAGCGGGAGCACGGUGUCGUGCGACCAGGGAUUCUGCGCGGCCACCUACGGGGGCAUGCUGCCAGGGUGCACCAUGAACGUGCCGUGCGAGUACAGCGUCAUGUAUGGUGACGGUAGCUCGACGACGGGGUUCUUCGUCACCGACUCUCUGGAGUAUGAUCAGGUGUCCGGGAAUGGGCAGACGCGGCCUGCCAAUGCCAGCGUCACUUUCGGGUGUGGUGCUCAGCAGGGUGGAGAUUUGGGCAGUUCAAAUCAAGCCCUUGAUGGGAUUCUUGGUUUUGGCCAGUCAAAUACAUCAAUGCUAUCACAGCUAGCUUCUGCUGGUAAAGUGAAGAAGGUAUUUGCUCAUUGCUUGGAUACCAUAAAAGGCGGUGGAAUUUUUGCUAUUGGAACUGUGGUGCAGCCAAAAGUAAAAACGACACCAUUGAUACCCAACAUGCCGCACUACAAUGUGAACCUCAAGUCAAUUGAUGUUGGUGGUACUACACUACAGCUCCCAGCUCAUGUUUUUGAAACAGGUGAAAAAAAAGGUACCAUCAUCGACAGUGGUACAACCUUGACAUACCUUCCUGAACUGGUUUUCAAGUCAAUAAUGCUUGCGGUAUUUAACAAGCAUCAAGAUAUAACCUUCCAUAAUGUCCAAGAUUUUCUGUGUUUCCAAUAUUCUGGAAGUGUAGAUGAUGCAUUCGCAACUAUCACCUUCCAUUUUGAGGAUGAUCUUCCACUGCAUGUGUAUCCACAUGAGUACUUUUUCCAAAAUGGGAAUGACUUAUACUGCAUGGGAUUCCAAAAUGGUGGAUUACAAUCAAAGGAUGGAAAGGACAUGGUGCUUUUGGGAGAUCUUGUCCUUUCAAACAAGUUAGUUGUCUAUGACUUGGAAAAUCAAGUCGUUGGGUGGACUGACUACAACUGUUCCUCUAGCAUUAAAAUUAAGGAUGACAAGACGGGCGUUACAUAUACUGUCGAUUCACACGACAUCUCCUCCGGAUGGAGAUUCCAUUGGCACAACUCCCUGAUUCUGUUGUUGGUAACAGUGGUGUGCAGCUAUUUAAUAUGCUAACUCUGUUGUACAACACGAACACUGAUGGAAAUUCAUUUGAUUUAUUCUUUUCACGAAAAAGAAAGGUAGGGCUUUAGAUUGUGCUCUCUGGCCACGGAAAACAAUGGAAACAAAAACAUUGUACCCUGUACAACGAGCCUUUGUGUGACGAGUGCAAUGCUGAGGUGACAAAUAUAUAGCUGCACGUAAUAGGUUUCCCAUAAAAAAAAUUGUAUGCGUCGAAUAUGAAUUUUAGUCCUGCUGUUUGCGAUACAGUAAUGUUUGACAUUUCCUUGGGAAAUGAUGUGUUGUUCAAUAUGAACUUCCUUUCUGGUGUUUUUGA